AGCUUAUCCGUUUCCUGUAGGAAUCGUUCCACAGUGCUGGCAAUUUAAAGCACAUUAGUGCCGAGCGUGUGCCGAUAAAAAUUAACUGCGAUAGCAAUCAAUCGGAUGAUCGCCCACACCCGCUCGCCGCAUGCAAAAAUUUGAAAAUUGUCCCACCGCUGACAAAGUACCGCAAUAAACGGAAGGCGCGCGCAUUCAUGUGGCCUGUUCAAAUAAGCAAACAACGUCGCCGGCGGCAACAGCAACUGCAACAACACGGCCGCGCCUUGCUCAAACGUGUGGAGCAGCGUCAGCGAUGGGCGUGGCAGGCAACAAACAGGAGUGAUUUGCAUGAUGGCAGCUUUCAUGUAGCAAUCUCGCCAGUGCUUGUCAUCGCUCAGUGCUUUGGUCUGAUGCCCGUCUGCGGCGUGCGGGCGGCAACGUCGCGCGGCCUCUCCUUCAGCCGUCGCAGCUGGCGCACCUGCUACAGUCUGCUCUACAUUGGCGCCAUCUCUUUCGAUGCGCUGUUCGCUGUCAAUUUCGCGCUGCAUGGCGGUCUGGAUAUGCGCAGUGUGGAGCCAAUUGUCUUCAAUGGCAGCAUCCUGUGGGCCAGCUACCAAUUCCUGCAAUUGGCCCGCCAAUGGCCCCAGCUUAUGCGGCGCUGGGCGAGAGUGGAGAGUCACCUGCCGCCCUACGCCAGCUGGAAGGAACGCGAGCAACUGGCUCGGCGCAUACACAGCGUGGCGUCUGUUCUACUCUCGCUGUCGCUCAUGGAACACCUGUUGAGCAUCAUCUCGUCUGUUUAUCAUAAAGUCUGCCCACUGCGCCAGGAUCCAGUCGAGUCGUACCUCUAUGCGGUCGCCGUCCAGUUCUUUCAUGUCUUUCCCUAUAGCAAUUGGCUUGGCUGGCUGGGCAAGCUACUGAAUGUGCUGCUCACCUUUGGCUGGAAUUACAUCGAUCUGUUCGUCAUCCUCGUGAGCAUCGGCCUGAGUCAUCUGCUCACACGACUCACACGUCAACUGCAGCAGCUGGUGGAGCGACCCAUGCCCGAGAAGUUCUGGACAUAUGUUCGCACACGCUAUCGGUCGAUUGUGGAGCUCAUCUAUGACGUGGACGAUGCCAUCUCCGGCAUUACGUUCAUAUCGUUCGGCUCCAAUGUGUACUUCAUCUGCCUGCAGCUCCUGAAGAGCAUCAACGAAAUGCCAUCGACCAUGCACGCCGUUUACUUUUACUUCUCGCUCGCAUUUCUGAUUGGCCGCUCGCUGUCGGUUCUGCUGUUCGUGUCGGCGGUGCACGAGCGGGCGCGCGAUCCGCUGCGUCUGCUGCAGCUGGUGCCGCCGUCGGGCUAUCUGAGCGAGGUCCAGCGCCUGGCCAACGAGCUGUCCAGCGAUAAUGUGUCGCUGAGCGGCCUCCGGUUUUUCAACGUCACCAGGAAGCUCUGUCUGACUGUCGCUGGCAGCAUAGUCACCUACGAGCUGGUGCUCAUACAGUUUCACGAGGAUGAAAAGAGCUGGGACUGCCAGGCGGGCAAACAAUAAGCCAAUACACACAUGCUACA